AUUUGAGUUCCUGUUUAAAAAUAGUUUCCAGUUUUCUACCAAAAUGUUCCUGUUUUUGUCUUCUUGAUUAAAAGUCUGUGCUGAUCACUUUACUGUCUGGAUCCUCAGCUCUCCCUCCCGUGUGAAUAUAAAUCUAGAGCAUUAUAAACCUAAGGACCUCACCAAUUAGAAGCUGCAAUUCUUACCACCAACCUACAAUAUCUUUUCUGAUCUGGUUCUCUCCCUUGAAAAGCAGAAUCAUCUUUCAAGUUAUUUUUGCUGCAGAGUUAAACAAAUGGCUGAUAGUAAUUUGAAUAAAAACUCCACAAGGUGCACCAGCUGUUCAUCUACAUCUCCGAAAGACGGACUUUAUUGUGAAGCAUGCAUUUCUCCAGUUUUGGUGGUGGAAAUGUCACAGACAUCAAGUACUGGUAGUACAGAAUUAUUCUUUCCACCAGAUAGAAAAAAAGAAAAAAAUACCAGCAAAGACACUUCUGGAAAAGACUUGCCAUUAGGAACCUCAGUCAUAGAGAGAAAACCAUCCCAACAGCAGUGGGGUCGAGGCAACGUUACCGAAGGAAAAGUUCCUCACAUACGGAUAGAGAAUGCGGCGGCUAUUGAGGAAAUCUAUACUUUUGGAAGAAUAUUGGGACAAGGGAGUUUUGGAAUGGUCUUUGAAGUUACAGACAAGGAAACAGACACUAAGUGGGCAAUUAAAAAAGUAAAUAAAGAAAAGGGUAGAGAAAAACUGCCUUCUCUUUAA